UAUUAAAAGCUGCCAACGUCAACGAUAAUUUAUUACAUAGUUUCGUCAUGACUCGACUUUUAAAUAAAUUACGUUUUCCACUACUAUUAACAUUCCUUGUAUCGAUUGAAAAUAGUAAUGAAUUACGAAUUUUGGGUAUAUUUCCAUUCCCCGGAAAAAGUCAGUUCAACAUGGACGAGCAUAUAAUGAAAAUCUUAGCCGAACGAGGCCAUCAAGUGGACGUCUAUAGUCAUUUUCCGCUAAAAAAUCCAGUGCCUAAUUACACAGACUUCAGUCUUGCUGGUUCGCUUCCGAUUUUCGUCAACAAUGUUACCUACGAAUUCUUUAUGUCCGCAUUCCGAACUGUGGCGAUGUCUCAGUUUCUGCCUGCUUGCGGUACACCCGGCUGCGAAAUUUUGAAUCUUCCAGUAUUUCAAAACCUCGUCAAAAAUCCGCCGAAAGAUCCACCCUACGACCUCGUCAUCACAGAAUGGUUUACGUCGAAUUGUCAUCUUGCUUGGGGCCGACAUUUGAACGUACCCGUAAUUGGAAUCGUGACGACCUUCUCGCUAUUUGAAUGGGCAAACGAACCGAAUGGAAAUCCUUAUAAUCUCGCAGUGGACACGGGUGUCUUUGCUCGAUCUUUUCCUCCAAUGUCAUUUUACGAGCGAUUGGAAAACUUCCUACUACAUACGUACAUCAAGUGUUCUUAUUACAUUCGAGAGCAAGACGCUUACGUUGAAAAAAUAUUUGGAUCUGGUUACCCCAAUGUCGUCGAGAUGGAAAAAGACGUGGAUCUCAUUUUUCUCAACCAUCAUCACGCUGUGUAUGGAAACAAGCCUCUCGCUCCAACGAUUGUGCCUGUUGGAGGACUGCACGUCGUUGAUAAAGGCGAGAAAUUACCACAGAACAUACAAAAAUUCCUUGACGAAAGUAAACACGGAUUCAUUUACGUUACUUUCGGGUCGAUGAUCAGGAUCGAGACCUUUCCUAAAACUGUACUGGAUGCAUUCUACGGUGCAUUCGAGAGUAUUAAGCCGAUUAGAGUGCUAAUGAAGAUAACGAAACCUGACGAAUUGCCAUCUAGACUACCGUCGAACGUCAUCAGUAAUCCUUGGUUGCCACAAAUCGCAGUUCUAAAACAUAAGAAUAUAAAAGCAUUCGUAACGCAUGGUGGCCUGAUGGGUACGCAAGAGGCAAUACAUUACGGUGUUCCAUUAAUAGGAAUACCUUUAUUGGGUGAUCAAUUUCUUAAUAUAGAAUCCUACGUUCGAAAAAAUAUAGCUGUAAGCCUCGAUUGGGAACAAAUGACGCAGCAAAGUCUUUCUGAUGCAAUCAAUAAAAUCAUUAAGAAUCCUAUUUACAAAGAAACAACGAAAAAAAUUAGCAAAGCUUUUCGAGAUGUUCCAAUAAGUCCGAAAGAGCUGAUUGUUUUUUGGGUCGAAUACAUAGUCAGACACGGAAAAAAUGCAUUACGAUCACCUUUGGUCGACAUGCCAUGGUACCAAGCGUCUUUACUUGAUGUUUACGGAUUUAUUAUCAUCUCUAUGAUAUUAAUUUUACUUAUUGUUAAAAGAAUAAUUAUAAGUAUGAUCAAAAUAUUAUUACCUAGCUGGAAAUUGGAUGCUGAAAAAGUAAAAACGAAUUGAAACCACGUGGGAUAGCGUAUUUUUAAUUUUUUUUUCAAUGUAACAAAAUAGCGUUUUACUUAAGCUGAUUAGUUUUUUUAAUUAAUUUCCAUUUAAAGACUGCAUAUUUUGGUAGACAUCUCAAUAGAAAGGAAAUAGUUUUCAGGCACAAAAAUACUUAUUUAUUAUACGUUCUAUAAAAAAAUGUUUACUGUCCAUUAUUACUGUGUCCUUUUCUACUGUCUCUUUCGCUUAUUUUUUUUUGAAUCCUGAAACAGUCUCUAAAGCUUAUAUCAAUCUUUAAAAUAUUAACAAAAUAAUGUCAAAAAGAUUAUUUAUAACAAAAUAACGCAUUAGAAAAGCAUUUAGCAAUAAUUUUGUUUCAUAAAUUUCAAACGCGAGUAAAAGGUAAGAAUGACUACAAUUGACAGCUGUCGAUGAUAAUUAAAUGAAUUGGAUUAAUAAAAUUCGAAAUAAUUUUGAUCUGUAUUACAUUUUUGGCUGUUACAUUUACGUUUUAAAAUAUCAAUUUGUAAGCUUGAAUGGCAAAUGCAUACAACUUGUUACGCUGUAAAACUAUUUAUCUUGCUAAUUCAAACAGACCGUUUCUGCUACUCACGUGGACUAUUACGAGUGUAUUUUAUUAAUGAUUGGCUUAUUUCGAAAUAAUUGUAAUAUUCGUGUAUAUAUAGAAUAUUUCAUUAGGAUAAAAUUAUGUUUCCGUAGAUCGCGUAAGGUGUAAAAUGCCAUAAUAUUAAGCUCUGCCACUGUAAAUUGCAUGUCACGUCGUUAUCUUACUUAUGUUUUGAUAACAAAAUCUUCCACUUGUCAUCUUCAAAUGAUCGCAACCGUAUAAAAGAAAGUAACUGCUCGAGCAUUAUAUUACUCAACCUAUAUGUUUAUAAAAUUCUAAUGAACUCUGAUUGCGAUCUGUCUAUAGAAAACCAAUCGUAAUGAAAAUUUCUUAUCCGUCGCUUUCUCUUCCAUGUUCAUUGAUUAAUGAAAAAUAUUGUCAUACUUGUACAGUACCUUGAUUCAUUUACAAAGUAUCAAAAUUUCCGCAAAGUCAAGGGUUAAGCGACGUCAAUCAGUAGUGAUUACUACCUCUAUUCCUUCCGAGAAUAGUGUUAUAUGUAAUAAAUCAUAUAUUUUAUAGUUUUUUUAAAUAUUAGUAAUCACUAUGCGCGCUGCGCG